AUGAUGUACAACAAACUAGCACCUGUCUUUGGCUCAUUGGCCCUCGCCUCUCUCGUCUCGGCUGCCCCCAUGGACAGGGGUUCACCCUCAUACUCUGCCAGUGCUUCAGGUGGCUCAUGGGGUGGUAGUGAUGGCGGUCACUCUGGCUCAUACUCAGUAUCCAGCACUUAUCAGACCGAUGCGCCGGCUCCCACGCUCACAAAUGACCAACUACCUUUGUCCAAUGGGUUCCCCAAUAUCGCCAACCCUUCCAAGCAGCUUGACGAUAUCAAUGAAGCUGCUCAUGGCACCCUCCCCAACGGCCCUCCACCACCAGCGGCGCCUGCUGCGGAUGAUAUCCUUUCGCUGCGCUUCAUCGCAUUCAACGAGCUCUUUGAGGUGUUCUUCUUCAGCGAACUGCUCCAGAACAUUACAAACAAUGUUGAUGGCUUCACAUUCGAGGAUUCACAUGAGCGACAAAUCGUGAUCGAUGCUAUUACCGCUGUUCAGGCCCAAGAAGAGCUACACCUUCUCAAUGCCAACGGCGCCUUGGCCAAAUUCGAUACUCCGAUCCAGCCUUGCAAGUACAUCUCCCCAGCCACUGACUUCAAAUCCGCCAUCGCAUUUGCUCAGACGUUCACCGAUGUCGUCCUUGGUACGUUGCCAGAUGUCCAGACCCACUUCGGCCUGAACGGUGACAACGGCUUGAUCCGUGGCGUCGGCGCCGUCAUCGGACAAGAAGGCGAGCAGAACGGUUUCUACCGCAAUCUCCAACACAAGAUCCCAUCUGCCAACGCUUUCCUUACCGCCAGCACACGGGAAUUGGCCUUCAACGCACUGCUCCAGAACGUUAUCGUCCCAGGCUCCUGCCCCGAUCUCAGCGUCUUUGCCGGCCUCGGUAAGCCAUUCGGCGUCCUGUCCCUCGACACUCCAGCCGACAAGAUCAACACCGACAAGGAUACCACUCUCUCGUUCUCCAUCUCCGCCGAAGGCGACUGGAGCCACUACGCUUCAGGCCCACAAGACUUGAGCCUCGUCUACAUCAACCAGCAAAACGUUCCCAUCGUCCAAUCAAUCCAAUACGCCAGCCACGACAAUGGCAAGAUCCACUUCACCGCCAACUUCCCCUUCGAGGAGAACCUCCUGUUCGGCCUCACCAUCGCCGUUCUUGCCAAGGGCAACAGCUUCGCUGAUGUCGUCGCCGUCACCAACGCCACCGUCUUCGGACCCGCUCUGAUUGAAGUCUUGUAA